AUGUUGGUCGGCUUCAAGAGCUACCUCGAGGCCCUCCCUCACGAGGUCGCCCUCAAGCCAGUGCCCUUCAUCCUCGCCUCGGUGCUCGCCGCCGUGCUCGCCGUCGUCUUGCGCCUCGCCACCGCCGCGCCGUCGACGCUGACGACGCUCAACCCCAAGGGCGCCUUUGAGGUCUCUGACGCGCGCAUCAAGGCCACCUUCCGAAGAGACGCCGCCAAGAUGCUCCGCGGCUGGUUCGCGCAGAACCCGAGCCGCCCCGUCAUCAUCAACGGCGACAUGGGCCCCAUGACGGUGCUGCCGCCGACCAUGACCAACGAGAUCCGCAACGACAACCGGCUCGGCUUUAUGGAGGUCACACGCGAGGCUUUCCACAGCCACCUGCACGGCUUCGAGCCGUUUUCGGUCGGCCAGAGCGACCAUCUCAUCCAAGAGAUUGUUCGCAAGGAUCUGACCAAACAACUUGCCAAGGUGACGGCUCCUCUUGCCGAGGAAACGUCGCUUGCCCUGAGUGAUAUUCUCACCGACAGCACCGGUAUGUCGAUACCCGAGCGUGGCGGCGCGCUGCCUUGUCACGCCUCGUUGUGCCCAAAACUAAUACACGCCCCCCCGACAGAAUGGCACGAGGCCAACGUUCGCGAGUCCAUUCUGCAGCUCGUCGCCCGCAUCUCGUCGCGCGUCUUUGUGGGCGAGGAGCUCUGCCGCAACCCCGACUGGCUGCGCGUGACCAAGGAGUACACGGUCGCGUCCUUCCAGGCCUCGGAGGAGCUGCGCCAGUGGCCGUAUCUGCUGCGCCCCAUUGCCAACCGCUUCCUGGCCUCGACGCGCCGGGCGCAGACCCUGCUCAAGGAGGCGCGCGCCGUCGUCACGCCCGUCAUCACGCGGCGGUACGCCGCCCGCGCCGCCGCCGCCGCCGCCGCCACGCCGUACGUCGAGUCCAACGACGCCAUGGACUGGUUCGCCUCGGCCGACCCCCAGCGCUUCUUUGACGCGGCCAACUUCCAGCUCGCCCUGUCGUUUGCCGCCAUCCACACCACGACGGACCUGCUGUCGGAGACGCUGCUGCGCAUCGCGCAGCACCCCGAGAUCGUCCCGGCACUCCGCGCAGAAAUCAUCUCCGUCUACCGCUCCCACGGCUGGGAAAAGUCGGCGCUGUACAAGAUGCAGCUGCUCGACAGCACCAUCAAGGAGACGCAGCGGAUGAAGCCUAUUUCUCAACGCAAGUUCCCCCCCGGCCUUUCCAUGAUCCGCUUCAUCAAGGAGAGCUUCACCCUCAGCGACGGCACGCGGCUGCGCAAGGGCGAGAAGCUGGGUGUGACGCUGACGCACCUGCGGGCGGCGUCGAACCACGCGGACCCGGACCGGUGGGAUGCGUACCGGUGGGUGCGCAUGCGCGACGACCCGGCGCGGCAGAACGCGGCGCACCUCGUCUCGACCACGCCCGAGCACAGCGCCUUUGGCCACGGCCAGCACGCCUGCCCGGGCCGCUUCUUCGCCGCCAACGAGAUCAAGGUCGCCCUGCUCGGCAUCCUCAUCAAGUACGACUUUGAGCUGCCCGCCGACACCCUCCCGCAGGUGUACGAGAACGGCCUGUCGCUCGUCUCGGACCCCAUGGUCUCGAUGCGCUUCCGCCGUCGCGACGCCGAGAUUGACCUCGACAUGGCGUGA